AUGUCAUCCGGCGUGUCUGGACGAAAAACGAGAGAGGAACGCAAACGCGAAUUCGAGUUGGAAGAAGCGAGAAAGAAAGGUUUAAUCGCCCCAGAAUUAGACGAAGAUGGCAAAGCGAUUAACCCACACAUUCCCCAAUACAUGGCCGCGGCGCCGUGGUACGCCUCAGAAGGCGACGGGAAGAAAGGGCUGAAGCACCAGAAAGAUUUCAGAAAGAACAAAGAAGACCCGAACGUACAUUCGAUUCAAGAGGAAGAGAGAAGAACGAGAGAACGCGCCGCCGCAACGACGCAAAGGUAUAAUAAACACAAUACUAACGAUAAAGUUAAAAUUUUAGCGUCGUCGUUUGGAGGAGGAUUUAUAACAACAAAGUUCCGCAAAGGCGCCUGCGAAAAUUGCGGGAGCAUGACACACAAGAAGAAAGACUGUUUAGAACGCCCGAGAAAACACAACGCGAAGAAAACCGGGAAGGAUCUGAAACUCGACGAAGUUUUCAAAGAGGAGGAUUUCAACAGGAACAGAACGUACGAACAAAAACGAGACAGGUACAAAGGAUUUUUAGCAGAAGAUUACGAGAAAGUCGUGGAGAGGUACGAGGAAGUGGAGGAGAUGAAAGCCGAGGCGGCGAAGAAGAGAGAGUUGGAAAGGGCGUUUAAGAAGGAGAAUAAAGAAAAGAACGGAGGAGAAGGCGACGAUAUCGACGACGACGACGAAAAUGACGACGAUAGCGACGAAGGCGGGGAGACGGCAAAAGAAAAGAAAGCGAAUGAUAUCUAUGCUUCGGAUACGGACUCAGAUGAAGACGAGGAGAAGCUCAAAGCGAACGAGGACGCCGGGUUUGGGAAGAUUGAAAAGCGGAUUCGAGCGCCCGGCGGAGGCGCUUCCGGGACGGUGAGAAAUUUGCGCCUGAGGGAAGAUACGGCGAAAUAUCUGAGGAAUUUGGACCCACAAUCGGCGUUUUACGAUCCUAAAACGAGGUCAAUGCGCGAAAACCCAACUCCGAAUGCUGACCCGAACGAUAACUUCUUCCGCGGCGAUAACGCGGCGAGAAAUACCGGCGAGACGACGAAUUUCGCUUUGAUGAAUGUGCACGCCUGGGAGGCGACGACGAAACACGGGCAAGACGUUCACGUGCAAGCGGCGCCGUCGCAAGCGGAAUUGAUGUAUAAGAAGUUCAAAGAGAAGAAAUCGAAAUUGGACGAGACGCAAAAGACUUCGGUAUUGUCUAAAUACGGCGACGCGUCGGCGGGGAAGUUAGAAGAUGCACCGGAAGGUUUAGUUUUAGGACAAACGGAAAGGUUUGUCGAGUACGAUCGAUUCGGUAGGGUCAUUUCGGGUGGUGGUGGUGUCGGCGAACUUAAAACUAUAGCUACAUCGCGGUACGAAGAAGAUGUGUUGGUGAACAACCACACGAAAAUAUGGGGAUCCUAUUGGAACCAAGGGAGAUGGGGCUACGCCUGUUGCCAUUCGUGCGUGAAAUCAUCGUAUUGCGUCGGGAUUAAAGGCAUCGAGGAUGGAAAAGCGGCGGAGGAAUUGAUGAAAGCAAACAUGGAGCGCGCGAAAGAGCGCGCCCUGGAAAAGCGAGAAGAUAAUAGCAAGAAGUUUGCAGAAAAGGCAAAAGAUAUUUGGGGCGCCGACGCGAAGGACGUUCAACUCGACCCGGCAAAACUUGGCGAAGCGUUGAGAAAAGAAGACGAACGUCUGCGAAAAGAGAAACAACGUCGAGAACAUGGCGGAAAGGAGGAUGGAAGCGAUGGAGCAGAAGACGAAGAAGGUGAUGUCGGAAACGGAAAGAAACUAAAGAAAAAGAGAGUCAAAUACAACGAUUCGCACGAAGUUGGCGUCACCGAAGAAGACAUGGAAGCGUACAGAAUGAUGCGGGACAGAGGCGAAGAUCCGAUGAAGGGCGACGGGACGAAUGGCUACGACAUGGUUUAG